AUGAAUUCUCCUCGAUACACGCACACUACAACAGUACUGAGCAACGGAAAAGUCUUAAUCGUUGGUGGAUAUUCUUAUAGUGUCAGUAUGUUUAGUGCAGAGUUGUACGAUUCAUCAACAGGACUUUUUACAACGACUGGUAACAUGAAUACUUUACGAUACUAUCACACUGCAUCGAUGUUAAACAAUGGAGAAGUCCUAGUUGCAGGUGGAUAUGACUCUGAUGGUUAUUCUUAUACUGCAGAGCGGUACAACUCAUCAACAGGAAUUUGGACAAUGACUGGUAAUAUGAAUGCUGCAAGAUAUGCUCACACUGCAUCGGUACUCGCCAAUGGAAAAGUUUUAGUUGUUGGGGGAUAUAAUGAGUUGGGCCAUUAUUUGACUAGUACAGAACUGUACGAUCCUUCAACAGGAAUUUGGACGUAUACAGGUAAUUUGAAUACUGGACGAUACGCUCAAACUGCAUCCAUACUCACUAAUGGAAAAGUCUUAGUUUCUGGUGGAUACAAUUCUGUUGGCUAUGUGAAUAGUGCAGAAUUGUACGAUCCUUCAACAGGAGUUUGGACAAAAGUUGGUAAUAUGACUAUUGCACGGUAUCUUCACACUGCAUCCUUACUAACUAAUGGAAAGGUUCUCGUUGCUGGUGGAUAUACUUUUGUUGGUUAUUUGAAUAGUGCAGAAUUGUAUGAUCCUUCAACUGGACUUUGGACAAGGACUGGUGAGAUGAAUACUGCACGACAAGUUCAUACUGCAUCCAUACUCGCUAAUGGAAAUGUUAUAGUUGCUGGCGGAUCUAACUCUGUUGGUAUUUUGAAUAGUGCAGAACUGUAUAAUAGUUUAACAGGACUUUGGACUAUGGGUGGUAAUAUGACUAUUGCACGGUACUUUCACGCUGCGUCCGUAUUAACUAAUGGAAGAAUCUUAGCUACUGGUGGCCUUGGCGUCAGUGGUGAUUUGAAUAGUGCAGAAUUAUGUGUAUGA